GGGGGCUUGUCUGUUUUGCAUGUGAUUUUGGCAUUAAUACGUGUCACAUAUCAGUUAGCAAACAAUAUUUAAUAAAGCCGCAUACAAACAUGGUCUUGAGUAAGGCAGCUCCAAAAGGCAGUUGUUUCAGCCUAACUCAGUGCUUUCUGUGAUGGUGUUACGAGGAGUGGAACAGGGGAACCCAAGAGCAGACUGAGACUGGGAUGAAGUAACCACUCUCACCUCCAGGGACCCGAGUCAGAGUGGGCAGAACUGUAGUGGAGAGGAAAACAGCGUCAGGCAAGGCACAACAGGAUAACAGGAUCUGAAUAGUAAAUGGCUAGAAACGUAGACUGACUGAGCAGAGAUUAUGAUCUGGCAGCGUGGAAGUGGCAGGGCUCAGUAUUUGUAGAGGUCUUGAUUAUGGAACAGGUUGCAGCUUUUGGGGAUCUGCUCUGACUCCAGCACACCUGUCUCCGCCCACACAAUCACACACACACUGAGUGAGAGGGAGAGAGUACUGGGGGAGUGGUGGCAGGUCAAGGAGACACAGGAUGAGCAGUAGAGGGCGUUGCAGGAGCAGAUGUGACAGGUAGGGCAAGCCAGCAGAAAAUACGGAGGGUUGCGCUGUGAUUGGCUCAGUUUUCUGUCACUCAUGGGGACACUACAUCACCACCAAGUCUAAGGGUAGAGCUCGACAAUUCAAGCCCCUCGGGUGCUGCCAUAGAGAUACAUUAGAAGUGCACAUCCAAGAAGGCUCAAGGUCAUUGGCCACAGAUAAAAUGACGUGAAAUCACCUUAUAUCUACAGUAGCUUUGAUUGGACUGAUCAUGUCAACAUCAUACUUUCAAAAUCUUAGCUAGCAGUCAUCAUCAUGAAUCAAGUCGACAAUCUACUGACAAAUCAUUUUUAAUCCUUGUCAUAUUAAGAGAAAUAAUGAAGAGAAAUUAAAGAUAAAACGUAGCGGUACUCAUCGGCCAUUCAACAUAAACAUUACACAAGUUGGAAAUUGCAAGUUCACCAAUGAGAGAUUUGGAAGGAAUCAGUGGCUAACUGCAAGCAUUGCAAAGCAAUCAUUAGCCUGAUAUUCAGUGGCUGUGUGAUCCCAAGUCUAAGAUUAAGGGUCUCUUUUCCUAGUUUAAAAUGAUAAACAUUCAACAUUGGCCAGCAUGAUUUGUGCUGCACUCAAAACAACUUAUCUUGGAACUACAAAAUCUGACUUUAGUAAGUUCAAAAUAACUGGGAACUUGGGGAAAACGAGGUAUGACUGGGAAAAUACGUUUGAACUUUCAUCCAACUCGGAAUUGUAAAUCAGGAAUUCGGGCCUCUUUCUAGAGCUAUGACCUGAAGAUCACUGACGUCAUCGUGAUCACUGAUCAUCGUGAUCGAUCUUUUUUUCCUCCCAGUUGUCUUGAAAGCACCAUAAAUCCAGAGAAUGUCAGACUUUGAUGACAAAGUUUGAUGACAAAAUUUGAUGACCUUGCCUCCACAAUCACCUGACCUCAACCCAAUUGGGAUGGUUUGGGACAAGUUGGACCGCAGAGUGAAGGAAAAGCAGCAAACAAGUGCUCAGCAUAUGUGGGAACUCCUUCAAGACUGUUGGAAAAGCCUUCCAAGUGAAGCUGGUUGAGAGAAUGCCAAGAGUGUGCAAAGCUGUCAUCUAGACAAAGGGUGUCUACUUUGAAGAAUCUCAAAUAUAAAAUAUAGUUUGAUUUGUUUAAAACAUUUUUGGUUACUACAUGAUUCCAUAUGUGUUAUUUCAUAGUUUUGACGUCUUCAUUAUUAUUCUACAAUGUAGAAAAUAGUACAAAUAAAGAAAAACCCUUGAAUGAGUAAGUGUGUCCAAACUUUUGCCUGGUACUGUAUACUGUAGCUAAGAAAGUAAUACAAAUUGUAUGUUGUAGUAAACUGUUGGUAGCCCAUUUGCCUCACCCUAAUAAUUUGGUCUAUUUUCACCUCUUAAUUUUGCCUAGUGUUCUGACUUGGUGGUGCUGUAGCCUAUAACCUGAUUUUGAGAAAUAUAAUCAUUGAAUAUUGUAAGAGCUUUCCUUGUCUGCUUAUAUGCCCCCUUUAUUUAUCAUAUGGUUCUGACUUGGUGUACAGGGAGAACACUGUAAGAACGGCCUAUGUUCUGAAUUCUGUCAUUGUACAUUUUAAAAGUGCUGAACAAGUAGUUAUAUUGACUACUUCAGUCCUAGGUCGCUCAUUAAUGUCUAAAUCGAAAUUAAGGAUUGCCUCUUAUCUGCUUGUCGUCACCUUAUGCAAUAGUUUGUGCAUCUCAAUUGUCAGUAGAACCACAUUUGUUUAAGCAAGUCAGUAAAUGAGGCUGAAUUAACUGUUUCGCUGCCAGAGAAGGCUCCGCUAGCCAGGUGUAGCAGUGGUAUAGUGCAAUUAGUGUAUUGUUUAGUGUUGUGUUGUGUCGUGUCGUGUCGUGGCUUUGCUGGAAUGCGUCCCAAUUUUUUUUUACAUGCUAAAAUCGGCACUGGUCCCAAGUGUAUAUAAUUUGUUGAAAUCACAAGCAUAAAGUGUGUUAAAAAUACAUUUUAUUAUUGACAUGAUUAUUAUGAUCAUUAUUGACAUGAUUGUGGCACAUGGACACUCAAUGUCCUUGGCAGAAAGCCAAAUUGCAUUGUGCUAAAUUAAAGGAGAUAUUUCCACGUGGACUAUCAUUGCGUAAAGUAAUAUUUUGAUGUUCUUGUAGCUAUACAGUUUCGCUUAAUAUAUUGGCACCCUUGCACUUUACAACGGACUGCAAUGGAACAGAACGUUCUGGUGGAAUGGCUUUUUUUUGUAGGCAGCUGCAACUUACUACAGUUGAGAUAAAUUACAGUACACAUCAAACGAGAAUCACCUGACUCCAACCAAAUUAAUUACAAUUCUGAAUAAUUUAGUACAGGCCAUUUUAUUUACUUGAAGUUAAAAAUGUUAAAAGUUACGUUUUUUUCAAUGUCAUCUUAUUGUAGAAGAAACGGUGAAUCGUGAAAGGAUGCCAAUAUAUUACAGCGCAAAUGAGGCGCAUAGGGCUUAUGUGAGGCCUAUCACGUAUGUACAUCUAAAUAAUAAAUAACCUUGCUAUCAUUUGUGUCUCCGUUUGGCAAAUGUUGUAUUCAUCACUGGUUAAAAUUGUGACUAUUGCCACAUUUAAUAAAUGUAAUUAAAAUUACACGCACGAAUGUCAAUCAUGGCACGAAUGACGUUCGAAGUUUUUCCUUUUUGACCUUCAUUUGGAGUCAAAAAUGGGAGUGUCCUGCUGUGGGAGAUAACGCAGAUGUUUGCUGCAAAUAACAAGUCAGAGGAUGGGGAAACUUGGUCCCAAUGUGAGGAUUGUAACUAAACGUUUAUUUGUAACUCUUUUAAUUAGGCCUAAUGAAAUCUCAAACGAUGGCAUCACGUUGCCCUUGUUAUUUCAACUAUGGAAGUACACUAUCAGGAGGGUGGGUUACAAUGAAAACAAUGCCAUGCCAAUGCCAUAGCCUACAUACUUAUUGUGCAAUCAUAACUAAGGGAGAUCUUGACUUAUUAAUGAUUAUCAGUGCGAACUCAUUCAAAUGCAAUCAAAAUGAUUCACAACCACAAAAUGAUGGCGAAAGUAACUUUCGAUUGUGUUGCAUACUGUACCUUCAGAAAGUAUUCGUACCCCUUGACUUAUUCCACAUUUUGUUGUGUUACAGCCUAAAUUCAAAAUCUAUUUUUUUUAAAAUCUAAUUUAUUAUACAAUGUUGUUGAUCCAUCCUCAGUUUUUCCUAUCCACAGCCAUUAAACUAUGUAACUGUCUCAAAAUCACCAUUGACCUCAAGGUGAAAUCCCUGAGCAGUUUCCUUCCUCUCUGGCAACUGAGUUAUGAAGGACACCUGUAUCUUUGUAGUGACUGGGUGUAUUGAUACACCAUUCAACGUGUAAUUAAUAACUUCACCAUGCUCCAAAGCAUAUUCAGGAUCUGCUUUUUUAAUUUGUACCCAUAUACAGUAGGUGCCCUUCAUUGGGAGACAUUGGAAAACCUCCCUGGUCUAUGUGAUUGAAUAUGUGAAAAUUCACUACUCAAUUGAGGGACCCUACAGAUAAUUGUAUGUGUGGGGUACAGAUAUGGGGUAGUCAUUUAAAAAUCAUGUUACCACUAUUAUUAAACACGGAAUGAGUCCGAGCAACUUAUUAUGUCACUUCUUAAGCACAUUUUUAAUCCUGAACUUAUUUAUUGUUGCCAUAACAAAGGGGUUGAAUACUUAUUGACUCAAUACAUUUGAGCUUUUUAAAAAAAAUUUUUUUUAAGUUCUACAAACAAGAUUCCACUUUGACAUUAUGCGGUAGUGUGGGGAGAUCAGUGACACAACAUCUCAAUGUAAUCCAUUUUAAUUCAGGCUGUAACGCAACAACAAAAAAGCAAAUUAAAGCAAAAGGGUGUGCAUAAUUUCUGAAGGCACUGUAUGUAUCGGCUAUAACCUGAGAGUUACCCUCAGAAUCUAUAUUUGGUUUCCUGAAAUGUUUUUUGCUGUUUCACGGAAAUCCACCUUAAGGAGGGCCUAUUCGACAAUGUUCAACUAUGUAUUAUCUAAAGCAAGAUGGGUUAUCUCCAACCAAUCAUAUUACAUUUUUCGUUUGGGGGUGGAGUGCAGAAAUACCAUAAAACUAAAGAUAUUUCCGAUUUUUUUUCAUGAUUCCUAUUCCCUAUUCUCACUAGAACAUAAGCUAAAUCAUCACGAGCAACAUGGUUGAGUGGACAGAUGAAGAGCGCGCGGCCAUCUCCAACAUCUUCUCCAAACUAGACUAUGACGAAAUUGGCCAAAAGUCCCUGUCAAGGUGUCUGAUCGUGUACCCCUGGACCCAGAGGUAUUUCGGGGGCUUCGGCAACCUGUACAACGCAGAGGCCAUCAUGAACAACCCUCUGAUUGCUAAGCACGGCACCACGGUGCUGCACGGUCUGGACAGAGCUCUGAAGAACAUGGACGACAUCAAGAACACAUACGCCGAGCUGAGCGUUCUGCACUCCGAGAAACUGCACGUGGAUCCCGACAACUUUAAGCUGUUGUCUGACUGUCUGACCAUCGUCAUCGCUGGGAAGAUGGGCAACGCAUUCACGCCCGAAUAUCAGGCAUCCUUCCAGAAGUUCUUGUCAGUGGUGGUGUCUGCUCUGGGCAGGCAGUACCACUAGAGUCAGUCUCCAUAUAGCUGGCCGAGGAGACAGCCUGUGUGCUCAUGUGUUUCACUCUUCAAUUAAUUAAUAAAAUAAGC